GAAGGAUUUUGCUGUCUUCUAAUUUUUGGUUCUUUUCUAUUGAUAGUGCUCUACACUUGCAUAGAAAGAAAAACUUGUGGAGUAUCAAGCGUAUGGUGAAGGAGAUGAAGCAGGUUGCUGAACCGGAAAGAACCCCACUCUUGCUCAUUUUUAUUUCCCUGCUUUCUUCAGGUUUUGUUGCCCAUGCAGUACCCUAUGACUACACAGCAAGUAUUGAGUGCCUAGAAACCCCACAAAAGGCUCAAUACAAUGGAGGAAGCAUAGUGAACCCUGAACUGAAUGAUGGUUUGGCUGGAUGGAGCACAUUCGGGAACGCCAAACUUGAACACAGAGAAUCCCCAAAUGGCAAUGGCUUCAUUCUGGCACAGUCCAGAGCUCAACCUUUCGAUAGUGUCUCUCAGAAAGUCGAGCUGAAGACGAACCUCCUCUACACUUUUUCUGCUUGGGUACAAGUGAGCCAAGGGAACCCGAGCGUGGCAGCUGUUUUCAAGACAUCAAGCGGGUAUGUUGAAGCUGGAACCGUGAUUGCCAAGCCUGGGUGUUGGUCAAUGCUCAAGGGUGGGCUCACUUUGGAAACCUCAGGCGAGGCUUCUCUCUUCUUCCAGACCCAAAACUCCACAGCGGACGUAAUGGUUGACAGCAUCUCCCUGCAACCAUUCACUCCGGAGGAAUGGAAGUCUCACCAGGAUCAGACCAUGGACAAGGUCCGGAAGGCAAAAGUCAGGAUACAAGUAGUGGACAAGCUAGGGAACUCCCUGCCCAAAGCAACAGUUUCCGUCCAACAAAAUGCACUGACCUUCCCUCUGGGAUGUGCCAUCAACAAGAACAUCCUCACAAACGCCGCCUACGAAAAGUGGUUCGCGUCAAGAGCGUUUAGGGUCACGACAUUUGAGGAUGAAAUGAAGUGGUACAGCACCGAGCCCACGAGGGGCCACGAGGACUACUCCGCAGCAGAUGCAUUGCUCGAGUUCGCCAAGCAGCACAAGUUGGCAGUUCGAGGCCACAACGUCCUGUGGGACGAUCCGACUUACCAGCAAGGGUGGCUGAAUUCCCUAACCCCACAACAACUCAGCGUUGCUGUCGAUAACAGGAUUCAUUCUGUGAUGUCCAAGUACAAGGGCCAGGUGAUAGCGUGGGAUGUUAUGAACGAGAAUCUCCACUUCUCCUACUUCGAGACCAAACUUGGGCCGAAUGCUUCAGGGCAUGCCUACAAUUUGGCUAGCACAACUGAUGGCACCAUCCCCUUGUUCAUGAAUGAGUACAACACGAUAGAGGAAGUCACUGAUCCAAUGUCGACCCCAGCAAAAUACCUGCACAAGUUGAGGGAAAUCCAGGCAUAUUCCGGUAACGCAGACAUCAAGAUGGCAAUUGGCUUGGAGUCUCAUUUUGUGACCCCUAACAUCCCCUACAUGAGAGCCUCCAUUGACAUUCUAGCUGCUGCAGGGUUCCCCAUUUGGCUCACAGAAGUCGAUGUCAAACAAGGUCCAAAACAACAGGCAAGCUACCUAGAGGAAGUUCUAAGGGAGGGGUUUUCGCAUCCGGAGGUGGAGGGGAUAGUGGUGUGGGGCGCAUGGAAUCCGAAAGGCUGCUACAGAAUGUGCUUGACGGAUAACAAUUUCAACAACUUGGCAACAGGGGACGUGGUGGACCGCCUGCUGCAUGAAUGGGGCGGCUCUAAAGAGCCUCUAGUAUUGGGAGAAACCGAUGAAAAUGGGUUUCUGGAAGCUUCCCUCUUCCAUGGUGACUACAAUGUCACAAUCGUUCAUCCUGGUGUCAACAGUUUGGCUUUGCCUCAGAGGAUGAUCGUGGCUCCUGUAACACCUACACAAGCACAACCUUCUGUUGUCAAAGUUACCAUAUAACCCCUCAUUGUUCAGUUUUUUUUUCCACAACUACUCUAAUGAACUCGUAACCCACCAGUUCAAGGAACGUUGGUGUCGAUAAACCUUUGGUUUAUUAAUUGGAUAUCCGGAACUAAGGAUGAUAUUUACCUGCAACCUGGAUUGCCGGCUCUGCCUACAACCUCCCCACAUGGCGCCAUUUUAUUGGUUGAUUUCCUUUUAUUUUUAUCUUUCUUAAUUUUGCAUUAAAAUGGCCCAUAGAAGUGGUCGUCUCACGGCAAAUUGUAUUAUUAGUCAUUAGCACAGGGCCCGACCCCUUGGCCAGAAAAGUUUAGACAAAAAUAUGCAUAUGUAAAAUGCUUACAAUAUAAUAAGAAGAUAAGACAUACGAUUGGAGAAAGAAAUGC